AUGGCCAAUUCCCGCUAUUCCUACGUCCGCCUGCACGAACUACCCGACCCCCUCCUGCCCUCGACCUUUCUCAUCCUGCGCCUCGACGGCAAAGCUUUCCACAAGUUCUCCUCCGCGCACAACUUUACCAAACCCAACGACCGUCGAGCGUUGGACUUGAUGAACGCCGCUGCGAGGAGGCUCAUGGCGGGCAGGGAGCUCAUGGGGGAUUUGGUGAUGGGUUUCGGGGAGAGUGAUGAAUAUAGGUCCGUCUACGAGAUGGAGGGGAUGGAGGGGUAUGACCCCCAUGAUGGAGACGAGCACGUGACCUAGUCCAAAGUGAACCAGAACCAGAACCGAGCUGAUGGCUUCCUCCGCCUCUCCUCUCCCUUCGCUUAUGAUUCGCAGUUUCCUCUUCAAACGUUCGACCAAACUCCACGCUAGGCGGAAUAGGUCCGUACCUUGCCUCCCCCCACCUUCACCAGAGCGCUGGCUCACUCCCACUAAAUCAGUGCGAUCUCACCACAACAGCAAACUCGUAAGCCUCGUCUCCUCCCUCUUCACCUCAGCCUACACCUUCCUCUGGCCGCAAUACUUCCCCGACUCUCCGCUCGAAUUGGACCAAUUACCAAUCUUUGAUGGCCGGUGAGUUGGUUACCUUUUGCGCGAACGGACGAAGCGAAUUCGCUUGACCUGAACUCGAACUGAAUCCGUGCGAGAGCUACCUUCAUUUUAACAGGAUCGUACAAUACUGUACCGAGACCGAAGUCAAGGAUUACUUUAGGUGGCGACAAGUCGACGGUAAGUGUCCCUCUUACCAACUCGUGCUAGUGAAAGGGAUGUUUAGUCUGACUUCAGACCCUCCCCCCCCCAACCACCACCACCUCGCUCGGCCACGCCCCUUUGCCGCUCUAGCGCACAUCAACAACCUCUACAACACGUGCUUUUGGACCCUAGUCCAAAAAGGCAGUUUAACGACCCAAGAAGCGAAUUCAGAACUUAGCGUAAGUCAUCAUCCUAAUUCCCCUCUCGAAUCGAACUUUGCUCAACAGUUCUUCGACUCAACUCUAUGUGGUCGCCAUUUAUUUUACUUUUUUUGUGGGGAGCAGGGUACGCUUUCGAGUGAGAAACAAGAGAUGUUGUUCAGUCGAUUCGGGAUGAAUUAUAAUCACGAGGAAGAGAUGUUCAAAAAAGGUUCGAUAUGGAUCUGGAUAGAAGAGGGAAUGAUGGUAGGGAACGAGGUCCAGGAUGCGAAAGUCGAUGAUGGGAAGAGGAGGAUAGAAGAGGAGGAGGAGGAGGAGGAAAAGGAAGGUGUUGAUCGAAUCGCACUCCCCAAUUCGUCGAAUCCCAUCCCCAGUGAAGAUCAAUCACGGGAGACUUUGGAAGAACGGAAACGAAGAACGAAACCUUCGAAAUCGAAACGAGUCCUCAAAUUGGUGCAUGAGGAUUUGAUCAAGGAGAAGUUUUGGACCAGUGGGUAUGGGAAAGGGGUUUUGGAGGGAUGA